AGAAAUUUGUGCGAUAGUGCACUAGAAGAACUCUGAAAUGUCAGACCACCAGUGUGAUCUGGAGUUUGACAUUUUGGAAGUGGAUCUAGACCAAAAGGACGAAGAAAUGUUUUCUCAGUCGGCACAGAAAGACCAAAAUCUUGGGUCAGAUAUUGAUAUGAUUGAUGAAGAAAUUCAAAGAAAGAAUGAAAGAAUUAUUCAAUUGGAAUUAAUGCUAGAGGAAAAGCAAGAUUGGUUCAAUCUAAAGUCCCAAAUGGUUAAGAAGCUUGAGGGAGAACUCAACUAUGUCCAUGCACGUCACCCAGAGCGUUUUACCUUUGAUGAUGCCGGGACAAGCUUGGUACCUAAGUCAUUAGAACAAACAUUGAAAGAUCUGGAGAGAGAAGAGAGAGAAGAAACAUUCCGUACACAGUACAUGCCCGUUUAUCAUAGAGAAAUCGAAGUAUUUCGAAAACGAGGCAAAUACCCAACUAAUGUCCCGUAUUUUAAUGAGGUAUCCAUUGCAUCAGAAUUUUUAAAGAAGAAAUAUCUAGAGGCGUUUGGCGAGUGUUUUUCUUUCGAUUACAAAAAGAAGUCUUUUCCAGUUAGACCAGACCGAUCCCCUUAUACACACGUCAGACCAUCUCAUUCUUCGUUUAUACAACGAGAGGGUAACAGGACAUUCUUGGUUUCCGGUCAUCUUGGUGAGACAGAGCUACUUCCAGAUGUUACAGAGGGAUGUGAUCUGGAAAGGUUUUCCGAAAUUCCAGCAAACGAGUCUUUAAUCGGGUUGGAUGAUUUAAAAUUAACGUAUUCAAUAGAAAAUUUAACCAGGGCCAAGAAAAGUCAAGAUAAUGAAGAUUGCGACUGGAAAGACAUGACAUCGAUAAACAUUGCUUAUGAACUAAAACUUGAUAAACAAGUCAACUUUGAUGAGAAUAAGAUAAGAAAGAAUAGUGGUGAUAACCUCACAGAAACAGGAACCAUAACAAAUGAAGCUGUUGCGAAGAACUGGUGGCAAGUUGGAGACAGUUUUAACAUGUGGAGGACAAGACCAAAGCUUCAACGUCCAACAUCACCACGCCCAUAUCAUGAUCAAAAUCAAGCAGACCAUGCUAAUAAUGUUGUAGAAUUGAUAAAUGGAAAAAAUCAAUUCAAUACUGUCAUUGGAACAGCCAAAAAACUUCCAACUGAAACAUCGAAAGAACAUGGACUCAAGAAAUCUUUAAGUAUGGAAUCUGUAUUUGAAGAAGAUGGAACAAAAAUGCGCCCAAGUUUUAAAUGGCAAAUGGGAGACGAAUGUGUUUCCUUAGAAAAGUAUAUUCAUGUGUACACCAGAAAUCCAGAAGAUUUGUACGAAGCUGUCAAAAAACGGGCUAUUGAAAAAGAGGAAGAAGAAGACUACGAGGAAAACGAAUUGUAUCGUGACGAAAUCAAAGCUAGUCUUAUCGGUAUCGAUAAAACAAAAAUGAAGUCAAAUUUAAGAAUUUUAGAUAAGUUUAUAAAAGUAGAAGAAGAAAAAGAAAAAGCUAAAUCAGAACUGAAACAAGUCCACUCUGAGAAUGCUGAUGAGGCAAUAGAUGGUACCCUUAAUGAAAAAAGAAGAGCCGAGGAGGAAAAGACAGUUCUUAUACCAGACCAAACCGGAAGUUGUUAUGAGGAUAUACACGGUACAGAGGACGUCGGUUAUGAGAAGAAAAUGAAUACUACCUUUGACAUAAUUGAAGAAAUCAAAGCGAGUCUAAUCAGUUUCGAUAAAAAUAAAAUUAAGUCAAAUUUGAGAAUUUUAGAUAAUUUGAUAAGAGAAGAAAAAGAAAAAGCGAAAUCAGAACUGAAACAAGUCCACACUGCGCAUGUUGACCAGGCCGCCAUAGAUGUUACUGAUAAUAAAUCAGAACUGAAUCAAGUCCACACUGAGAAUGUUGACCAGGCCGCCAUAGAUGUUACCGAUAAUAAAUCAGAACUGAAACAAGUCCACACUGAGAAUGUUGACCAGGCCGCCGUAGAUGUUACCGGUAACGAUAAAAUAAAAGACGAAAAGGAAAAGAUAGUUCUGCCACCAGACCAAACCGGAAGUUCUUAUGAGGAUACAGACGGUUCAAAAGAAGUUGAUUAUGAGAAAAAUAUUAAUACUUGUUUUGACAUAAUUUUUGAAAAACCAAAGAAAAGAAUGUCUAAACCUAAACUCUCCUCCGAAAAUAGAAAGACCGCCAAUCUGAUGCCUAACGUAUUAGACCAAAACAUUAAGAGAAAUGAAAACAAAGAAGAUGUAAAACUGGAGGAAAAGAAAAUUAAUAUUAGUUUUGAAAUUAUGUUUGACAAACCAAAGAAACAUACUCCUAAACCCAAACUAUCCUCGGAAAAAAGAAAAAUAUUCAAUCUUAUGCCGAACGCCAUAGACCCGAAUAUUAAGAGCAAUGAAUAUAUUGAAGAUGUUAAACUAGAGGAAAAGAAAGUUAAUACUAGUUUUGAUAUUAUGUUUGACAGUCCAAAGAAAAAAAGGACUAGACCAAAACUCACUUCUGCUGGAAGAAAGGAAAAUCUUCAAUUGAAACAUUCUAUUGACGAAAAGAAAGAUAAAAGUUAUGAUAACGAGCAAAGAGAAGAUGCAACAACUACAGACAAUCAAAUUGCUGUUGAAAAAGAUGCAUUAAAGAAAAAUGUAAGUUUUGAUAUCUUUUUCGAGAGUCAAAAGAAACUGAAACCUAAGCCAAAGCUGAGCGUUAUCAAUAGAAAGCAGGAAAAGGAAACAAAAUACAACAUUGAUGAUAACGGAGUCCGAAAAGAAGAGAAGCAUGAUAAAUUGCCUAACGAGGUCCGAAAAGAAGAGAAUCAUGAGAAAUUGCUUAACGAGGUCCGAAAAGAAAAGAAGCAUGAGAAAUUGCCUAACGAGAUCCGAAAAGAAGAGAAUCAUGAGAAAUUGCCUAUAGUACAUAGUAAACCAACUGAGGUAAACCUUUCAAAUGGAGAAAAGUUCACAAAUGGAAAACUCGGAGGAAAGUUCACAAAUGGAAAACUCGGAGGAAAGUUUACCAGUGACGUCAUUAGGAAAGAUAACAAUGAAAUCCGGUUCAGAUUUUCAUUCCUUCAUGGUACCACAACCAUCCCAAGCAGAAUCCCAUUAAUGGUCAAGUUAUUUAAUGGAGAAAACACGUCUCUAACCAGAUUAAACAAUGAAAGGCCACGCAUUAAUUCAGCCAGAAGUAUUCCUGUCCGUGUAUUGACGGUUACAAACACAAACAGGGCAACAAUGACAGGUCCUUUGGCGGUAAGAUCGUUCCCGGGGAGCAACACAUCAGUAAGACGAGGAACUGAUCUCAAAAUCAAUAGGACAAAAAAUGCUAAAAGUCCAAGCGAUGAUAGUAGAUUGCCAAGAAAGAGAGAAAGAUGUACAAAAUUGCCCAGGAUCACAAGAAAAUCCAGAAUACCGGUCCGAAUAAAGAGCUAUGUUUGGAAUACUUUUGAAAGUGAAGACAAGCGAAACAUAGAUGAAGGUAGACGCUUACUUGCACCUUUAAGCAGGAUUCCAAUUCCAAAAGAUAGAAUACGUCGUCCGAGUGACUGUAUUAUACCAAGGCUCAACCCGAAUGAACAUUUACCCAAAAUUUCUCAUGAUAUUUGUUCAAAGAAAGAAGAGCAAGCUAAACUUCCAGUAGCAAAUCGGAAUCUUGUUCCUCCUAAUCCCAUGAGCAUAGGCGAGAAAGGCGAAAGAACUUGUCCAGGAUCAACAUCGGAAUUCCUGCAGCUACCGGCAAUACCUACCCAGAAUGCAAUGGUUAAAACAAGUCAUCCUGUAUCAACAUCAGGAUUAACUCGUCACACGCAGAUACAUAGAAGAAAGGAAUUCGUAGAGGAAAACAGAAUAGUAUCGCCUUCUGUUAUGGGAAUGUUACCUCCAAUAGGCGACAGAAGUGACACGUAUGUAAACCGACCCCUGUCAGCAUCUGGAUUCACAAAACUUCCACCGAUUAAAACCACAAACAAAACAAUAGAAAUGGAUCGUCUGAAGUCGUCUGCUAGGUUAUCGCCAUUGUUUAUCGCAUUUGAGAAUACAGAACAUAGACCAUUAUCGGCAUGUGGAUCACCAAAACUUCCACCAAUCAUAGAUGGAAACACCAUCGAAAUGAGGCCUACGUCAUCAUUAUCUGGUUAUACGCUACUCCCACCAAUACAAAGUUAUAAGGGAGGCUCAGAUGAAGACGAAAAAGUACCAGCUGAACAAUCAAACCGAUCGAGAGGAAACUGA